AUGACCCUGUGGUCUGAGUUUCCCCAAGACCCCAGUGUGCUAGCUACCACUUCAUGGAACACCUCUAGUGAUGGGCCCUUCUUUAUCCGUCUUGAAGCUCCCUUGAACAACAUCACCACCUCUCUGGGCCAAACCGCCGAGCUCUUCUGUCGUGUGUCUGGGAACCCACCGCCCACUGUGCGCUGGCUGAAGAAUGACGCCCCCGUCGUGCAGGAGCCGCGGCGUAUCUCCUAUAGGUCCACGCCAUACGGGUCACGCCUCCGCAUCCGCAACCUGGACACCACCGACACGGGCUACUUCCAGUGUGUGGCCACUAACACCCAGGGCACCGUGUCCACAACAGGCGUGCUUUUUGUCAAAUUCGAUCCACUCCCUACACCUCUGCCAGGAAGGCCAACACCGGAGGAAUUUGAUGAAGAGGGAUUCUGCCAACCGUACAGAGGCAUAGCCUGCGCCCGCUUCAUCGGUAACCGCAGCAUCUUCGUUGAUUCUUUGCAGAUGCAGGGCGAGAUCGAGACUCAGAUUACAGCGGCCUUCACCAUGAUUGGGACGUCCAACCAUCUGUCCGACCGUUGCUCCCAGUUUGCCAUCCCUUCUCUCUGCCACUUUGCCUUCCCGACAUGCGACCGCAGCUCGGGAACCGACAAACCCCGGGACCUGUGUAAGGACGAGUGUGAGAUCCUGGAGAACGACUUGUGUAAAACGGAGUACAUCAUUGCCCGGUCAAACCCUUUAAUCCUGAAGAGACUGAAGCUGCCCAACUGUGACGACCUCGCCGCCCCCGACAGUCCUGAGGCCGCGAACUGUCUGAGGAUAGGAAUCCCCAUGGCCGAGCCCAUUAACAAGAAUCACAAGUGUUACAACAACAGCGGGUCAGACUACCGCGGGACAGUCAGUAAGACAAAGUCGGGGCGUCAGUGUCAGCCGUGGAACUCACAGUAUCCUCACACCCACCCCUACCUGGCCGUCCGCUAUCCAGAGCUGAACGGGGGACACUCGUACUGCCGCAACCCAGGGAACAAACUUGAGGCCCCGUGGUGCUUCACGCUGGAUGAGGGGGUCCCACUGGAGCUCUGUGACAUACCCAUCUGUGACCAUAAAGACAAAUCUGGCGGCAGCAACAUGGAGAUCUUGUACAUCCUGGUUCCCAGUGUGGCUAUACCAUUAGCCAUUGCCUUGCUGUUCUUCUUCAUUUGUGUGUGCCGCAACAACCAGAAGUCCUCCAGGCCUCCUGCCCCCCGCCAGCCCAAACCUGUCCGAGGACAAAACGUUGAGAUGUCCAUGCUCGCAACUGCAUACAAGCCGAAGAGUAAGGCCAAAGAGCUGCCUUUGUCCGCUGUGCGUUUCAUGGAGGAGCUUGGAGAGUGCACUUUAGGGAAGAUCUACAAGGGUCACCUGUAUCUACCUGGCAUGGAUCAGGCACAGCUUGUGGCCAUAAAGACCCUGAAGGAUCUCUCCAGUGCCCAGCAUUGGGGCGACUUCCAGCAGGAGGCUGCAGUGCUGACAGAGCUGCAGCACCCGAACGUGGUGUGCCUGCUGGGUGUGGUGACCCAGGAGCAGCCCGUCUGCAUGCUGUUUGAGUUUCUUCCUCAAGGUGACCUCCAUGAGUUCCUCAUCAUGCGUUCGCCGCACUCUGACGUCGGCUGCAGCAGCGAUGAGGACGGCACAGUGAAAUCCAGCCUGGAUCACGGAGACUUCCUGCACAUGGCCAUACAGGUGGCUUCUGGGAUGGAGUACUUGGCCAGUCACUUCUACAUCCAUAAAGACCUCGCUGCUCGCAACAUUUUAGUGGGCGAACAGCUUCACGUUAAGAUUUCUGACCUGGGUCUGUCCAGAGAGAUCUACUCCUCAGACUACUACUGCAUCCAGCCCAAAACCCUGCUGCCCAUCCGCUGGAUGUCCCCCGAGGCCAUCUCCUACGGCAAGUUCACCACAGACUCAGACAUCUGGUCGUUCGGAGUUGUGCUGUGGGAGAUCUUCAGUUACGGCCUGCAGCCCUAUUACGGCUUCUCCAACCAGGAAGUGAUGGAGAUGGUGAGGAAGAGGCAGCUGCUGCCGUGCCCGGAGGACUGCCCGCCAAGGUUCUAUGGUUUGAUGACUGAGUGUUGGCAGGAGGGACCAGGACGUAGACCGAGGUUCAAAGACAUCCACGCCCGCCUGCGAGCCUGGGAGGGGCUGUCAUCGCACGCCAGUUCCAGCACACCCUCUGGGGGCGGAGGCAACGCCACCACCCAGACCACCUCACUCAGUGCCAGCCCUGUCAGCAACCUGAGCAACCCCCGUUACGCUGCUGCCGCUGCUGCAGCAGGGUACCUCUACCCAGCCCAGGCUAUUCCCACGCCAGGCCAGAUGGCUCAGAUUCCUGCCUGGACGCCCAUGGCUGUGCCCCAAACCCAUCAGCGCUUUAUCCCCGUCAACGGAUACCCCAUUCCACCAGGAUAUGCAGCUUUCCCUGCCCACUACCCUCCCCCGGCUCCGCCCACCAGGGUAAUCCAGCACCACCUGCCACCCCCUAAAAGCCGCUCACCCAGCAGCGCUAGCGGCUCCACCAGCACGGGUCACGUCAGCGGCGUACCCUCCACCACAGGCUCCAACCAUGACGCCAACGCACCGCUGCUUUCCCACUGCAUCAUGCCGGGGAGCGGCGGAGGGCCAACUCAGAUGUAUGGACAAGUUUCCCAGAAGGGACAGCUGGACCACGCAUCACAAACAUCAGCGCUGCUCGCUGCAGAUUCUGACGUACUGAUGUACAACGACUCGGUCAUCACCGCAGACCUGUAGAUAGAUAGACGGAUACUCACACUCUUUCCUCUUGGGACCCAAAUAUGAGACGAUUUGCCUCUCACCCAGGGACCUGGUCUAAUAAUUCUACUCUGGUCAUACAGAGACCGAACAGAAACAGGCAGCACAUCUUGGUGUGCAAGAAACACUGUCGCAGCUACACAAGUAUAUACACAGCUGUUUGACUUUUUACUGCCUUAUUGUUUAAAGCAAGUGUACUUACUACCAUGGUUUCAAAAUGUUAUUAUUUUAACCUCUGUGUAAAUACGGUACAUACGUCCUGAAUGAAUGAAAUACAAAGAUAUAUAUUCAAAAGAACAUUUUAUUAUGGAGAAACACUUUAAAGUGGAAAAAGUAGGAAGUCCAUCCUGUGUCCUUACUAUGUAUUACAUUCUGACAAAAAGUUCCUGCGUCAACAACUCAAAGGACAGUUUCAUGCAGACACUGAUAUUCAUAUCAUGACCUUUAGGUGCCUUGCAGCAGUGGUGUGACCUGCUUGUUUCUGGACAUUGAAACGCAUUUGCUUGUACGGUAAAAGAAACUGCAUUUAGCAAGCGACAGCCAAGUGAGCAAGAACAGGAACAGCAGCCUGAACAAACAGCACUGACCUGCCCAAACACAACAGGUACACCGGGCGUACAGGUGAUGUACGCUGCCCUGA